UAACGUACGGCAGCUGACAGCCGUGGAAAAGUUUAUCUGACUCCCGACCUCCUACUCACCCCCUACGCAACUUUAGUAAACAAUUGGACGAUACCUUCCUUGUCUAGCAUCAACCUCUUUAAGGCUUGUGCUUCCACAAACAUGGCUGAGCAAUGAGCAUGGCACAAACCCCGGGAAAACUCUUCACACCCAUUCUCUCAAGAGCCGAGUUCAGUCCAAGAUCGUAUGGAAUAGAUGAAAAUCUAACGGUCAAAGCAGCCCAACCAUGUCGAUGCCAAUUGGAAGCAUACACCUAAGUUUGACCGAAAGUCUAAAGUCUAUAUUGGUAGAUCAUGGUACGAUAGAAAGAAAGAACCGUUUUCCCAAACGUUUUCAGUUCCUCUAUUUGAAUUUCGGAGAAUUUAUCGAUACACAUGAAGUACGGCCCCAUUAGAACGUUUCGAUAGCUCGAAUGUUUCGUAGUAUUCUGUCGCAAUUCGACGUCCCCGAUUGUGAUAGGCAAUCAUCUAUGAAGUAGGGUGGGAGUAGGAUGGUUCAAGCUUCUCGAAAUAUGCCGCACCACUGUUGGGUUAAUUCCUACUUUUCGUUGGUUGGAUGAGCACUGUACUUGCUCGAUUGGUAAAAUUCCCAAGACAGCAUCUUGCCAAGAAACAUGGAUAGAAUCCCCUCAAGGGGUCGACACGAGACCACGGAUACAGUUAUCCAAAACCCACUCACUGACUUACCAUGUCGGGGAUUCCAACAGGUAAGGGACAUGACGGCCACGACCAUUGACUAGAAGCAGAACAAAUUAUGGGGCAGAUCAACGACAAACUUUGACAUCAGCAUUCGUCCCACUUUGCUUGCAAAUUCCAGCUUCAAGGUUGUUGGAGCAUGGCAUAAUGUUUAAUAUUCGCAGGGUUAUAAUACAUGCACUUAUACAUGAUCAGAUUCUCCCAAGUUUACGAUAGCGUUCGUUGUAGUUUUUUUGGCUUUUUGAAUUCCUUCCUUUCAUUUCGUACUUUACUGUCGUUAAUACUAUCGUUGAUAUUUACGCGACCAAAGGUACUAAGGAGUCAUCAUGAAGUUGUCCCUCAAUAUUAUGGCUGUCGUGGCCAGUUUGACCAUGGUUUGUACAGCACAGUCCUCGUUAAUCCCCAGGGAUUCGUCCGCCUCUCUUUUAGCGGCCGCCCAAGCAUCAUACCCGACUUGCUCGCUAAAAUGUAUGGCACAAGCUAUUCCAACGUCUGGAUGUGAUGCGACAGAUAUCAUAUGUCUUUGCACAAACGCUGAAUUACAAGAGAGCAUUACACUCUGCGCGAUGCAAAGCUGCACUAUUUUUGAACUUCUCACUACCAAAAAUGUUACCCAGACCAUGUGUAGCGCACCGGUGCGAGAUAGGAGAAAAGAUGGCGAGUAUAUUGGCGUUAUUGGAGGUUGUGUUGCCUUGCUAGCCUUCUUUGGACGGUUGCUGGCCACCGCUUUGAAAGUAAGGCAAUGGGGUAUGGAUGACUGGUCAAUGUGUGUUGUUGUGGCUUUGGCAACCCCUCCGACUGUUUUCUCUGUCAUCUUGGCCAACAAUGGCCUCGGAAAAGAUAUGUGGACUCUGACAGCUGAUGAAAUCACAAAUGUUUUGUUUUACUAUCUUCUGGGCGAAUGUUUUUAUCUUGCUGCAAUGGCCAUGACCAAAGUUACAUUCUGCCUUCUUUUCCUUCGAGUUUUUCGCGAGAAGCCCUUCAUCUAUUAUGUUUGGGGCACACUCGGACUUUCUGUUGCCUAUGGUAUUAGCUUUGUGAUAGCAACAAUCUUUCAAUGCUGGCCGAUUAGCUAUGGAUGGAAUCAAUGGGAUGGCUUGCACACUGGAACUUGUAACAAUAUCAAUCUCCAAGGAUGGCUAAGUUCUAUUCUCAAUAUUGUUUUGGAUAUUAUAGUCAUUGGCCUGCCACUGAACAAACUGUCCAAACUGGUCAUGUCUCCAACGAAAAAAAUAACUAUUAUGUUUAUGUUCUCUCUAGGACUAUUCGUUACUGCAAUAAGCAUCAUACGACUUCAUGCGCUCAUUGAAUUUGCCAAUACAACAAACAUAACCUGGGACUACAGUCCAGCGGGAUAUUGGAGUACUCUCGAAAUGCACGUUGGCAUAUUCUGCGGGUGCUUACCAGCAUUACGACCUCUACUGAAUAUGAUAAUGCCAAAAUUACAGACAACUGCCGCAGUGAGCACUCAAAGAACUGCCGGAACGACUGGCAAGAGAUCAUUCAUGAGCUCUAAAGCUUCAGCGCCGAAGAAGACCGAGAAUAAUGAUUUCAUUCCACUUGAUGACGUCGAUGCUUCAAGUACAAAGUUCUUGACCAGUUCUCAUUGCAACGCUGUCUGAAGGCAUUCCAUUCAUGGCUUUAUUAUUAUUAAAGAAGGUUGGGGAGUUUAUUUAUGAAACGCCGGCGUGCAUUAUGAGAUAAACAUUCCAGAAUUAUUUUCCUUCGAAUUUCGUUUUAAUUCACGAGCGUUUGAACUGGGUCUGAGACUCCCCGAAGGACGCAAACGCAAUGUACAUAUCUAAUUAUAACCCACAGCACGAGAUCUGAUUGGUCAACAGUACCUCAAUAUUUUAAAUCUCUUCAUUUUGGGCUGGAUUUUUCUUCGUCGUUUUGAAUAGACAGUCUUCGCCAAACCUUCUUGGCAGGCGAGCCUUUCCAUUGCUGAGGCUCUACAUAUAUUCAUCUUUGAUUUGUCAAUCUAUUUUCAUCAAUGUACUAAUGUGCACCACACCGCUAACUCUGACAUCACAAUUAAAUCC